CACCCGACAGCUCUCCAGAGAUUUGAAGCAGUACCUGGGGAGUUGGCUGAACUAUAGACAGAAGAACCUGCAAGCGGGGAGGCGGCCAUCCCAGCAGUGUGGCAGGACAGGUCUGAGGCAGAAGGGCCAGAAGCAAGGGGGGUGGUCCUGGCGUACGGGUCCUAAGGGUCAGGGUCGGCUUGACCUUGCUUGGGUCUCCUUCUAGCAGCUUCUGUGCAGUGGUGGUCAGGCAUGGAAGAGCACGCUGCUGAGACACCCACCCCAUCCCCCAAAGGGUCCCACUGGUGUGAGCAAGGUCAGGACUGGGGUCGGACCCAGGGCAGGGCCGGAUGGGGAGAGUCAGCGAGCUCAGGGAAGCGCUGACCCUCCAAGCCAUGGCAGCCGCAGCAACUGCUGAGCAGGCGCCUCCACUUCCUUUCCUCUCCCCGCCCUCGGCCGCCCGCCCUCCUCUGCCUGGCGCCGGAGGCUGUUUUUCCGCUCACUGGCGCGCACGAUCCAUCCCACUGUUUCCUUCUCUCUUUCUGGAGUUAAACUUUUCUGGAGACGCCACCAGCCCCGGGCUCCUCUGCCAGCCGGAAACGGAGAGAAUAGCGGGAGGGAGCCCUGCACAGGGCCCCGCCGGCUCGGCAGGUGGGGCAGCAGCUCCGCGGGACUGGAUGGCCUGUCCUGGAGGCCCACACCGCCGCUCAAAGAGCGCAGCCCCACCAAGGCCAAGGCCACAGGGGCCCACUGCUGGAUCCAGGAAGCACCAGGCUGGCUGCUGUAGAGGAUAAAGUGGCAAGACUGCACCUGGCCUUCAGGAGCUCAGCAGCCUGGUUUCCCCCUGCCUCCCCUCUGCAGCUGAUCCCCCAGCCAGCGUGGCACCAUGGCAGCCCUCAUCGCGGAGAACUUCCGCUUCCUGUCACUCUUCUUCAAGAGCAAGGAUGUGAUGAUUUUCAAUGGGUUGGUGGCCCUGGGCACAGUGGGCAGCCAGGAGCUGUUCUCUGUGGUGGCCUUCCACUGCCCCUGCUCCCCAGCCCGGAACUACCUGUACGGGCUGACGGCCAUUGGCGUGCCUGCCCUGGCGCUCUUCCUCAUCGGCGUCAUCCUCAACAACCACACCUGGAACCUAGUUGCUGAGUGCCAGCACCGGAGGACCAAGAGCUGCUCAGCUGCCCCCACCUUCCUCCUCCUGAGCUCCAUCCUGGGCCGUGCGGCCGUGGCCCCCGUGACCUGGUCUGUCAUCUCCCUGCUGCGUGGUGAGGCCUACGUCUGUGCUCUCAGUGAGUUCGUAGACCCAUCCUCGCUCACGGCCGGGGAAGAGGGCUUCCCACCAGCCCAUGCCACCGAAAUCCUGGCCAUGUUCCCUUGUGGGGAGGGCCCUGCCAACCUGUCGGGCUUCCGGGAGGAGGUCAGCCGCAGGCUCAAGUAUGAAUCCCAGCUCUUCGGGUGGCUGCUCAUCGGCGUGGUGGCCAUCCUGGUGUUCCUGACCAAGUGCCUCAAGCAUUACUGCUCACCACUCAGCUACCGCCAGGAGGCCUACUGGGCACAGUACCGCGCCAACGAGGACCAGCUGUUCCAGCACACAGCCGAGGUACACUCGCGGGUGCUCGCUGCCAACAAUGUGCGCCGCUUCUUCGGCUUUGUGGCACUCAACAAGGAUGAUGAGGAGCUGGUUGCCAAGUUCCCAGUGGAAGGCACACAGCCGCGGCCACAGUGGAACGCCAUCACUGGCGUCUACCUGUACCGUGAGAACCAGGGCCUCCCACUCUACAGCCGUCUGCACAAGUGGGCCCAGGGUCUGGCAGGCAAUGGCACAGCCCCUGACAACCUGGAGAUGGCCCUGGUGGCUUCCUAAGGGCCUGUUCCCAUGCUCGGCUGCUGCUUCUACAAAGGACACUGCUUGACCCAGAAGGGGACUUUUUUGGCACAGCUUCUUGGGAAAGCAGGCCGGGGAAGAGGAACCCGAGGACAUCUGGAGGGAGGCGGGGAAAUCCCAUAGGCAACAUGGUCAGCUCUAACAGGACUUUCAGACCUAAAGAGAUGCCCUCCUCUUCUGCCACCAGCCCACUUGGUCAAAGCUUUGGGGACGACUUUCCCAGAACUGAUCCUUUAAUGAACUAUGACAUGGAUCCUCUUUUACUGGUGGGACUCCAAGGCUGAGGCCCCAGCCAGCAGAGCCAAGGGACAAUGAAACUCACCAACAGUCUCCUUGUAUGGGAUGCCAUGCAGUUAAUGUGUGUCUAACUGCAUGCAGAUAUUUGUUCUCAGGGGACACAGCUGGGAAGCUGCCCACCAAUGUAUGCCUCUGACCUCAUUUUAUAUAUUUAAAAUUUUGAUAAAGCUUUUCUUAGUACAAAGGACUAGCCUGGCGUCUACAUGUUUGAAUGGGCCAUGCCACAGCAGAUUGGUGGUCUUGGGGACAGCCUAAAUCCCAACACCUGUGGGAGGGAAUAAAACAGGGAGACUGGGCAGGACUUAAAGGGACGAAAGGGCAGGCAGGGGAACAGGGAACACCAGGUAUCACCACACACGGGAAGGCCCUAGGGUCAAAGACACCCUGACAACUGGAUUCUGUUAUCUGAUUUGAUCUGAGGAACAGAUGGGGACUGGCCCUUUUCAGGGAGCAGCUCAGCUUAAAAUUUUACAAGUCAGAAGAUCUGGCACUCACUACAAAAAGAUUCUCAUAACAUAGGACUAAAAUCCAAGAACCAAGCCAACCCCAGCCUCCCCUGCCCCUGGCUGAUCACCUCCACCACCCACUCCUAAAGCCUUUUGACAGGGACACCUGCUUCCUGGCACCUGACACGAUCAUUUUCCAUGUAAAAGCUUUCCAGCUCUCAGGACAUUUCAAAUUCUGCCAGAGAAACUUUCAAUUCUUUUAAGACCAAGCCAAAAAAGAACUGGCUUCAUCUAGGAGCUAGUUUGUGCUAGUCUCCAAGAACUUCACAAUAUUACAUCGUCAAAGGUGGUGAGGGCUCUUUCUGGGAAUUCUGUACGAGUUGCAGAGAGGUUUGGGGUGCUGGUGGAUCCAGUCAUGUUUCCUCUUACUCGGGGACUUGAGAACAAUCAUGAAGCCAAUCAAUCCACUCUGCCCAGAACCCUCUCCCCAGAGGAGCCAUGAGGAGGCACACAGCAAGUCGGCCCUGGAUCCGAGGAAGCGAUUAACACUGGGUAGCAGCUUCCUACCUGCCAGCCCUGUGGCAGUACAUAACAUACAUUUUCUCAUUUACUCCAUACAAUAAUCCUUCUACGUAGGAAUUUUUAACUCCAUCUUAAAAAAUGAGGAAACAGACUCAGAGAUUAGGUAUUCUGGCCAUGGUGGGCCUGGGAUGAUACACUGUUGGGUUUAAGCCAAUAACUGUGGCUCUGCUCUCAGCCACCUGGGUUUCCAUUUUCCCUACUGGGCUCUGCCUCCAUCUUCCUUCUCCAGCCCCACGGCCUCCACAAAAGGACUCAAGCUGAGUUGAGGCCAAGGGAAAGGCCCAGUGAUUCGAGAUCAGACAUGAGAAGUGGGAGGGGAGUGGCAGGGAGGGGGACCCCACUCCCUGGACCCUGCUGACCCUCUCUCUGGCUGGACUGAGAGCCUGCCAGGGACAAGGUAGGAACCUGACCGUAAGAUCCUCAGGAGUCAGCCCCUCCACUUUUUGCCCCCAAGGGACUCCUACAAACCAGACACUCAACUUUUCUGGGAGCCCAAGAGCCUGCCUGCAACUUGAGUAGCCUCAGAAAAGUAAAAAGAUGAAAUAAACUGGUACUUAGAAGACAAAAAGGAAUUAAAAGAAAUACCAAAUUAUUUUUCAUCCUCACAGGACUAUUCUGAGACUGCUGCAGAAAAAGCAGCACUUUUUAAAAUAGAGUCCUCAGGCAAAUGAGCUCCCAACAGCCCAGGUGCCUGGGGACAGGCUGGGCUGGGUCCCCUCUGACAGUGGCCCUUGGAGCCAGCCUGUCGCUAGUCCUCCAACACUGAGCUCCUGGACUCCACGUAUUCCAGCGCCUUCGCCUUCACUGCCUGCACAUCCUUCUCAGUGCCAUGUUGCUUCUCGUAGUCCAGAUAGCGCUUGAAGAAGAACUUCAUUCUCUUGGGGGCCAGGCUCAGAUGGAUGACCCGCUCAAAGAUGUCCCUGUGAAGAAGAGCAAGGCAGCCUUGGCGGCACAGUCCCAGCCACAUGGCCCCUGGCUGGUGCUCUCCCACUGGCUCUCUGGCUCUGGAGCCAGGGCCCGCUAUUACCCAGCAAACCCACUUCUGUCUUUAUUUUCACUACCAUUAUUAAUCCCCAUGCUGCCCCUGGCAAGAGAAAUAAUAAUACUCUCUUCUUCCAGAUGAGCAGACAGAUACCAGAGAUGUUAAAGGACUUAUACGCCUGAAGUCAAUGAUUCAGGAUGAAGUUACUAGGAUGGGGACUCACAGUGAGCUGUGGAUCUGCUUAAAACUCACUGAAGGAGCUUGGGUGAAGCACCUAUUCUUUCUGGACCUCAGUCUACCCAUUUAUAAUCCUACUGUCUCAUGGGGACGCUGAGAACAAAAGUGAGAUUAUGUCUGUGACAGUUCUCUAAUUCUGAGGGAGACCCAAUCUCCUGGCUCCCAGGCCAGGGGUCAGGCUACCUCCUGCCCGUGGUUCCAGAUACAGACCAGAGGCCAGUCUCUGAGGCAGAAAAAGAAGUUGGAAAAAUGAAUGAUAUAGGAUCUGAUGUGUCAUAUUUUUCUCUUUUUCUAGAUAGAUUGAGAGAACUAGGGGGAUGCUGGGAGCUGCUGUGG